AGAAGUGACUGGAAAUCCACACACAGGGCAGCAGAACCUACCCUCCCCGCUCUGGGCUCAACCACGUGGCUUGCUUUGGCCAAUAGCAGGGAGGCUCACGUUCGUCCCUGGUUGCUCCUGCCAGCACAGACAGGCUUACAUUGCGCUAUUGCAAUACAGGAAAUCAGGGCCACUCUCUCUUCACACCCCCUUGCUGGCUUUGAGAGGAACCCAUCUGCUGUUGUCCUGCAUCCCUCCGAGUACAGAAAUUGAUCGUGCAACCAGGAUACCUAAUUCGAGAAAUCAGGAGACUGAGAGACGGUGUCGGAUUGGCGACGCUGGACCCAAUACAAUGAAGUAUUCUUGCUGUGCGCUGAUUUUGGCUGUCCUGGGUGCAGAAUUGCUGGGGAGUCUCUGUUCCACUGUCAGGUCCCCAAGGUUCAGAGGACGGAUACAGCAGGAACGAAAAAACAUCCGACCCAACAUCAUCCUUGUGCUCACCGAUGAUCAAGAUGUGGAGCUGGGGUCCUUGCAAGUCAUGAACAAAACAAGAAAGAUUAUGGAGCAGGGCGGGGCCACCUUUACCAAUGCAUUUGUGACCACGCCCAUGUGCUGCCCAUCGAGGUCCUCCAUGCUCACCGGGAAGUACGUGCACAACCACAACGUCUACACCAACAAUGAGAACUGCUCUUCCCCCUCGUGGCAGGCGAUGCACGAACCUCGGACUUUUGCAGUGUAUCUUAACAACACUGGCUACAGAACAGCCUUUUUUGGAAAAUACCUCAAUGAAUAUAAUGGCAGCUACAUCCCUCCUGGGUGGCGAGAAUGGCUUGGAUUAAUCAAGAAUUCUCGUUUCUAUAAUUACACUGUUUGUCGCAAUGGCAUCAAAGAAAAGCACGGAUUUGAUUAUGCAAAGGACUACUUCACAGACUUAAUCACUAACGAGAGCAUUAAUUACUUCAAAAUGUCUAAGAGAAUGUAUCCCCAUAGGCCCAUUAUGAUGGUGAUCAGCCACGCUGCGCCCCACGGCCCUGAGGACUCGGCCCCACAGUUUUCAAAACUGUACCCAAAUGCUUCCCAGCACAUAACUCCUAGUUAUAACUAUGCACCGAAUAUGGACAAACACUGGAUCAUGCAGUACACGGGGCCCAUGCUGCCCAUCCACAUGGAAUUUACGAACAUUCUACAGCGCAAACGCCUCCAGACUUUGAUGUCAGUGGAUGAUUCUGUGGAGAGGCUGUACAACAUGCUCGUGGAGACAGGCGAGCUGGAGAACACGUACAUCGUGUACACCGCUGACCACGGCUACCAUAUCGGGCAGUUCGGACUGGUCAAGGGGAAAUCCAUGCCAUACGACUUUGACAUCCGUGUGCCUUUCUUUAUUCGUGGUCCAAGCGUGGAACCAGGAUCGAUAGUCCCACAGAUCGUUCUCAAUAUCGACCUGGCUCCGACCAUCCUCGAUAUCGCUGGACUCGACACACCUCCGGAUGUGGACGGCAAGUCAGUCCUGAAACUUCUGGACCUGGAAAAGCCAGGUAACAGGUUUCGAACAAACAAGAAGGCCAAAAUUUGGCGUGAUACAUUCCUAGUGGAAAGAGGCAAAUUUCUACGUAAGAAGGAAGAAUCCAGCAAGAAUAUCCAACAGUCAAAUCACUUGCCCAAAUACGAGCGGGUCAAAGAACUGUGCCAACAGGCCAGGUACCAGACGGCCUGCGAACAGCCUGGGCAGAAGUGGCAGUGCAUUGAGGAUACCUCAGGCAAGCUCCGCAUCCACAAGUGUAAAGGACCUGGGGACCUGCUCGCAGUCCGGCAGAGCACGCGGCACCUCUACUCCCGCGGCUUCCACGACAAGGACAAAGAGUGCGAGUGUCGGGAGUCUGGAUAUCGCGCCAGCCGAAGUCAGAGGAAGAGUCAGAGGCAGUUUCUGAGAAACCAGGGGACUCCAAAGUACAAGCCCAGAUUUGUUCACACCCGGCAGACACGGUCCUUGUCAGUAGAAUUUGAAGGCGAGAUAUAUGACAUAAAUCUGGAAGAAGAAGAAUUCCAAGUGCUGCAACCAAGAAAUAUUGCCAAGCGUCACGACGAAGGCCCCAGGGGGCUGGGAGGCCGCCAGGUUGCCGGCGGUGGCAACGGAGACGGGUUGCUGGCGGACAGCAGCAAUGCCGUGGGCCCGCCAUCCACCGUCCGCGUAACGCACAAGUGCUUUAUUCUUCCAAACGAUACGAUCCACUGUGAGAGAGAACUGUAUCAGUCAGCCAGAGCCUGGAAGGACCAUAAGGCGUACAUCGAUAAAGAGAUUGAAGCACUGCAAGAUAAAAUUAAGAAUUUAAGAGAAGUAAGAGGACACCUCAAAAAGAGGAAGCCUGAGGAAUGUGGCUGUAGUAAACAGAGCUAUUACAAUAAAGAGAAAGGGGUAAAAAAACAAGAGAAAUUGAAGAGCCAUCUUCACCCAUUCAAGGAGGCCGCCCAAGAAGUAGACAGCAAACUGCAACUUUUCAAGGAGAACCGCAGGCGGAAGAAGGAGAGGAAGGAGAAGAAGCGCCAGAGGAAGGGGGAAGAGUGCAGCCUGCCUGGCCUCACCUGCUUCACGCACGACAACAACCACUGGCAGACGGCCCCGUUCUGGAACUUGGGAUCUUUCUGUGCUUGCACGAGCUCCAACAACAAUACCUAUUGGUGCUUGCGAACAGUUAAUGAGACUCACAAUUUUCUUUUCUGUGAGUUCGCCACUGGCUUUCUGGAGUAUUUUGAUAUGAACACAGAUCCUUAUCAGCUCACAAAUACCGUGCAUACAGUGGAGAGGGGCGUUUUGAAUCAGUUACACUUACAGCUGAUGGAGCUCAGAAGCUGUCAAGGCUACAAACAGUGCAACCCAAGACCCAAGGGCCUUGAAGUUGGAAAUAAAGAUGGAGGAAGCUAUGACCUACACAGAGGACAAUUAUGGGAAGGAUGGGAAGGUUAAUCUGUCCAGUCUUCCUGCAGACAUCAACUGGCAAGGCUUAGAGGGUCUAUACAGUGUGAACGAGAGCAUCUAUGAGUACAGACAAAACUAUAGACUUAGUCUGGUUGACUGGACUAAUUACUUGAAGGAUGUAGAUAGAGUAUUUGCACUGCUGAACAGUCACUACGAGCAAAAUAAAACUACGAGUGCUCCCAGUGAUGUGUUCCCAGUUGUCUCUGCUGAGCUCUCUGUGCCAGUAGAGAUGGCUUCUGCUGAGUCAGAUGAAGACCCAGGUCGUAUGAUUGGGGAAGCACCUCAUUUGACCUUGCCAGCCGACCUUCGAACCCUGCAUUUGAAUCGACCAAUAUUAAGUCCAGAGAAUAAACUUGAAUGGGAUAACGACAUUCCAGAAGUUAAUCAUUUGAAUUCUGAACACUGGAGAAAUCAUAAAACUGACAUGUGGAUGGGGCGUGAAGAGCUCAGUCAUCUUGGAACCGAUCUCAGUGGCAAUGGUAUGACAGAGCUGGUGCUUAAGCACGGCCCCGGGCUGCAGGCCAUCAGCAGGCAUCAGGAAGAGCUUCCCCAAGACGGCGAGCCAGGAGAGGAUGUUUUUGAAGAGCAGCUAUAUCUCCCUGUGCAUGCUAAGAGAACCUCUGUCCAUCAGACAUUCAACGCGUCCACUGAGGAGCCACCUGUUAAUUCCAACAUCACCGAGAUGUUGACCAAAGUGGAGAAGAAUUACAACAGGGAGACUAUGCAGCAUCUAGAAGGCAGUGCCUCCUCUCCACUCCCCUCUGAUUAGGAGAAAAUGUUACCUUACCCUAAACACAGUAUUUCUUUUUAACUUUGUAUUAGUGAGCUAAUAAGGGCAAUCAUAGCUACCAACAUUUCAAGCUCCCACCACCCCCCCCCGCCGGUCAUUUGUGCAGAAGUUAACGCGUGUGUGAGCGAGCAAUGUGCACACAAGGGUUCCUUGUUGUAAGUCAUUAUUUGCCAAGGGUAGAAAAGAAGUUUGGAUUUUAUUUGUUUGUUUGUUUUGUUUGGAGGUUUUGUUUUGUUUUGGUUUGGUUUUGGGUACUAAGACAGUAUUAUCUUUUAAACAUUGUAGGGACAUGCAUCUAUAAAUGUUACCCAAUCAAGAUGGCUAGACUCAUGCCUUUUCUACGUUCCUAAAACUUGAUCCCCUUGGUAAAUUUCUCACCGUGCCGCCACUCGCUGCAUAAUGAAGUUCUGAUUCAUUUUGAACCACUGGAAUUUUUCAAUGCCAUCCUUUUUUCAUUCAAUGAUUUUGCACUUUGAGAUUGGAAUGCCAUGUCUAUUUGGUUAGUCUGCGCGUUGGUAUUAGGAUCAGUUUACAGGCUUAGUACCAUCUCACCGCUUGCUCUCAGGGUGAGAGUCAACUAGGCCUCCGAGGACGACACACAGUAUGGAUGACAUAUUGUUGAACAUACACUUCUUCCAGGAAAGAUUGCAUGUGUUUUACUUUGACUUGCUAAACUUGAUUAGCAGAAAGGCAUGGCUAAUAAUGUUGGUAGUAAAACAUAAAUAAACAAAUGAAACAAAGGUUGCCGGCUCUCUCUGUGCCUACCCUCAAAGUAUUCACCGUAUGCUUCAGAUUGCUCCAUUUUGCUUAUUUUCUCGACAGGAGUAAAAGGACUGAAGACCUUUUAUUUUAAUCUUUAUUUUGUUUUCUUGACCUGGAUAAUAAGCUUAAGUGUUGAGGAAAUAUGUUUAGCUUUGAAUUUAUAUAAGGUAUUUUAUUCAUAAACUAAAAUUAUGAAUGUUUCAUAAUUUAAACACAUCUUAAAAGAGGCUAAUGUCUUAACAUUGUGUUACAUGAUCAGUUUUAAGGCCUUGACCAAGUUCUUGUUUUUAUUUUUAAGAUGUAAUUCAAAAUUGCUUUUUAAAAUCUGUAUUCUUUGACAUGUUCUUGUUUUGUAUUAGAUUUUCAAAUACCAGCAAAAGGGUUACCUCAUUGGGACAGUCAUUGGUACCCUGUUCAACUUCCAAGAUUUUUGUCUAACUUAACCAUGCCUUCCUUUUCAUUUUUAGAUAAUUCAAACACUUAGGUAAAUUCUGUUUUCUUUAAGUGUUUAAGGUAAACUUGUUUGAAAGAAAAUUUAAUAUGUUAUAGUUGACUCUUCGGUAACUUUAAGUCAUUAUCGUAGUCUCUGUACAUAUGUUAAAGUCAACUAGCUCUCUAUCAGAUGUGUGUGUCAUUGGCUGAAUGACAGAAUAAACAUAUUUAUGGUCAUGAAUGAUGUGCUUUGUAAAAAAAUGUUCACGUUAUUAGGAAGCGUACUGUGUUUUUCUAAUCUUGUAUAAUAUUCUGUGAUACUUUUAUAGAACAAUUCUGGCUUCAGGAAAGCCUAGAAGCAAUAUUUCUUGAAAUAAAAGGAGUUUAAACUUUA